AUGGCCUCGCACCACCAGCUGCUCUGCCUCAACAUCCUGGGCUUCAGGAAACCAGGCAUCUCGACCGAAGACUACCGCAACUACAUGGUCAAUGUCCACGCGCCCCUCGUGGCCGGCUUGAUGGAAAAAUACGGCUUCCUCCACUUCACCAUGUCCCAUGCUUCCGAGCAGUCUCCCCAGCUGAUGGACCAGCUCUACGACGCGCAAUUCGCAAACACGGCGUCCUACGAUUGCUGCGUGCAGAUUGUGUUCCCCAGCAUCGAGUGCUUCGUCAACAUGAAGGCCGAUCCCUACUUCAAGCAGACGGUCGGCCCGGAUCAUGAAAAGUUUGCAGACACAAAGAGGUCGCAGAUGAUGAUUGGGUGGUUCUCGCCUCUCUUGAUUAACGGGCAGCAGACCGACAGCUUGUCCGCUGCGGAGUAG